AAUGUUCGAGUGAAGCCGUUGCUCCAGUCAAGUGUGCUGGCCAGCUUCCGUCAACUCUCGCAACAUCAACUUCCGACGGACGCCUCGGAGACCGGUUUUCCAGAGCCGUUGGCCGUGGAGUUGUCGCUCGCCUACGCCGGCUUCUUGGCCAACCGGCCCAGCGUGGAAUGGCGUCACAACGCUCGAGACGUCGACUGGUCCCGCUGGCGUGUAGAAGCGGAUGGGCAAAUCUGUCGUCUCAUCUGCCCGGGCCCAAUGUCCCGUAGCGACGAGGGCACCUACUCUUGCGUUCUCCGCGACCCAAUCACCGGCGAACGUCUUGACUCGUCUGAUGAUGACGCUUUUGCUGCCGUAUUUUUUUUUUACACAAACGUUCCGGAUCAUGCUGUCCUGAGCGCUCAUUCUUUGGGUUUUGGGCAAAAUGUACAUUUGCUAAUCUUUCGUCUGUUCUGCCAGUUGGGUUUUGAAGAAGAAGUUAAUUGGUCUUACCGAAAACGGAAAGUGACCUCCUCACCUUCUCGUCUCCACGACGCUACCAGCGCCCAGUUUCCAACCGUCAAGGUAGCCGGGCGCUGGUGGAGGUUUUCAACCAUGCCAUGUGUGAUCAGGAUCAAAUGUGUGGCCUACUCUCUUCAUGAUAGCAUAGUAGUAAGACGGCAAAUUUAUCUUGCUCUACCGACUCGACCUGCUGCGAUUCCUGUCGCCGAGGCAACCCCUCCUCCUGACCGGAUUCGGCCAACUCCGCCAACCCUGCCGGUGCGGCCGGUUUGGGAUACGUCUCGUUCAGCUCUUCAGAUUGGCUCUCACCAACGCCUCGGUACCGCCAGUCAAGGUGGCUGCCUGACGCUGCGUUGUCAAGUGCCGAUGGUGCCCACGGUCGAUGCGAAGGGUCAGCGUCGGCCCGACCGUGUCGAGUGGCUGCACAACGGACGAGCCCUGUUCGACAGUCAAGGCCUGACGCCGAGUGUGACGUCCACGAGUCCGGAUCGUGGUCUGGAGGAGGCUUGGCGUCGGAUCAUCGCGCCAGAGACAGGCACCGUGUGGCGGGGUCAGAUCACGUCCAACCAAUGCGUCAUGGCGACCGACUGCGUUCAGAUGCGUGACGCAGGCGAGUACACCUGCCGCAUGCAGUUUGGAGACGACAUUUACGAGUCCUCGGGUGAGUCAAGCUCGGAGGUCUGCCGAAAGAGAAAUACUAAAAAAUAA